AUGGGUCACCACGUCGCAGUGCUUUUGGCUAUUGCGUUCAUGGCUAGUACUGUGAAUGCAAACUCUAUACCUUCAUGUGACAGUCCAAUCUACUGUCAAGGCAAUCUUCUACACACCAUUCAAAUGGCAAGACUAUUUCCAGAUUCCAAAACAUUUGUAGACAUGCAACAAAAACAACCCGCUCAAGAAACGUUACAAAACUUCAAUCAAUUAAUGAAAAACAAGAAAGAUAAUCCUUCUAGAGAAGAUUUGAUUAAAUUUGUCAAUGACAACUUUGAGAAUACAGGAGAAUUAGUUGAUUGGACUCCUCCAGACCUGAAUAAAAACCCAGCUUUCAUAAAAAGGAUAGAUGAUGCCAGAGUUAAAUCCUUCGCUCAAAGUUUAGUAAACGUUUGGCCUAAACUUGCAAGAAAAGUUAGCGAUAGUGUAAAGGAACACACAGAUCAACAUUCUUUGAUUCACCUUCCUAAUGGCUUUAUAAUCCCAGGAGGACGGUUUAAAGAAAUCUAUUAUUGGGAUAGUUACUGGAUAGUAGAAGGAUUAUUAGUCAGUGAAAUGACUGAAACAGUUAGAGGAGUUUUAGAGAAUUUCUUAUCAAUUGUGGAGAGAUUUGGCUUCAUUCCAAAUGGUAGUAGAGUAUACUAUCUAAAUAGAUCACAACCACCAUUGUUAGCCAUGAUGAUGGGAAAGUAUAUAGAUCAAACAGGAAACAAAACAUGGUUAGAAAAACACGUAGAUACUCUUGAAAAGGAAAUGAAUUGGUGGUGGAGUGAACGAAAAAUAACAGUAAAGAAAGAUGGAGCCAACUAUGAUAUGUUCAUGUAUGCUGUCAAAAGUGACACACCCAGACCGGAAUCCUACUAUGAAGAUAUUGUUACAUGCCAGAAUUUUACCGAAUCGGAGAAGAAAGUCUGUUACAGAAACUUAAAAAGUGGUGCAGAAAGUGGUUGGGACUUCUCUACCCGUUGGUUAUACAAUGACGACAGAACCCCCAGUACAAACCUCUCUCAAAUAGAUAUCAUUAACGUCGUACCAGUAGAUCUAAACGCUUUCCUCUGCAAAGCCUUUGAAGAACUCUCUAGGUUUUAUCAACUUGUAGGUAAUAACGAAAAGGCGGAGGCAUGGUCCCAUAAGCAGUUAAAUUUAAGAUCCGCAAUUCAAGCAGUCAAUUACAAUGAUGAGGACGGUAUUUGGUAUGACUUCGAUCUAAAUCAUAACACUCACAGAAAGGAAUUUUAUCCCAGCAACUUCGCUCCUCUUUGGGCUGACGCUUACGAUACUACCAAGAAGGAAACAUUUGGUAUUAGGGCUGCUACUUACUAUAAAAAGAUGAAGGUUCCUUCUUACGCUGGUGGAAUACCGUCAUCCUUAAUCCAAAGUGGCCAACAAUGGGAUAUGCCGAACGCAUGGCCUCCAAUACAAGAGUUCGUUGUCUUAGGUCUGCGUAAAACUGGAUCGAAAAAAGCUGAAAGGUUAGCCAAAUCUGAAGCCAAGAAGAUCGUCGAGGCUUACAUGAGAGGAUUCGAAACAACCAAGGAUAUGUUUGAAAAAUACGAUGCAAUACAUCCAGGGGAAUAUGGUGGUGGUGGAGAAUACGUCGUUCAAACUGGUUUUGGAUGGGCGAAUGGGGAAGCACUUACGUUAAUUAAUGAGUUUUACGCAAAAUCACAUAAGAAACAUCGUAAACACCGGAAGUCAUCUUCACACCAAAGACAUGAAAAACAGAGAAAUAACGAUGUAUGAUCUUUAUUUGAUAUUUUGUUUUAAUAUAAUAUUGUAAUAUAAGGUUAAUAUUAAUUGG